UUUCCUCUUCCAAAACCUCAUCAGCAUCAUCGUCUUCUUCAAAAACAAGCUCCAACAAUAUGAAGACUCCAAUGCUCCCGCUACUUCUCUUGAUCACUCAACUUCUUCUCAUCACCAUCCUCCCAUUCGCAUCCGCCGACCUAGUUGAUGACACGUGCAAGAAGACGCCAUACGCUGACUUCUGCGUCUCGGCUCUCAGGUCCGAUAGCCGGAGCUCCACCGCGGACACCCCAAAGCUAGGCCUAAUCAUGGUCGACAAGGUCGAAGUGAACGCCAAGUCAACUCUGACCAAAAUCAAGGACUUGCUUCCCAAAUCCCCCGACCCGGGGAUGAAGCAAGCGUUGACCUCUUGCGGGGAGUUGUACAAUGUUAUCAUAAGCAUGGACGUGCCCCCGAGCAAGGAAAGUUUGACAAAAGGCGACUACAAGUUCGCCGAGGAGUACAUGACGGACGCGGCGACUGAAGCAUCCAUUUGUGAGGCGGGCUUUGGAGUCAAGUCGCCAUUAUCAAACUCAAACGAUUAUGUGAACAAGGCGGCCUCAGUGGCUUCCGCCAUUGCCAGGUUACUGCUGUGA